UCUUUAUCUCCCACAGGUACUGUAGCCAGCUGUGAAAAUGAAGGAGAAGUCUUGGAGAUCCCUAAUAUCACAGACAACCCCUGUAUAACCUGUGUCUGUCUGGACCAAAAAGCUGACUGUAAGCAGGAAAAGUGUCCACCAAUAUCCGAAGACUGCGCCCUAGUGGUGAAGCAGACGGGUGCCUGCUGUGAAAGCUGCAAAGGUUGCCAGAUCGAAGGGAGAUACUACAACAGUUCCACGCAGUGGCAGGUCUCGUCUCUCUCGUGCACCACGCGCUCAUGUCAGGAAGGUGUCAUCACAGAAUCAGAGGUGCAGUGUGUUGUGCACUGUAAGAACCCCAAAGUUCAAAAAGGACGAUGCUGCCCAACAUGUCCAGGAUGUGUCUUUGCAGGGAGGCUGUAUCGAGAACAGGAUGAGUUCCACCCGGAAGAAAAUCAAUGUGUCAAAUGUACUUGCACUGGAGGUCGGACUCUGUGCGUGAAGGAAGUGUGUCCCAUUCUUUCCUGUCCCCCUCACCUCAGCCACACACCACCAGGACAGUGCUGCGCCAGGUGUCUCGGUCAAAGGAACGUAUUUGAUCUUUCACCUGGAAGCUGCCUGUUCCACAGUGAAGUUUAUGAAAACGGAGAAUCCUUUAAAUUUGACAACUGUACCUCAUGCACCUGCAAGAACUCCUCGGUGCUGUGCAGGAAGAGGUGCUCCCGGCCUGGCAGUUGUCAUGGCGGCGAAGAGCAGUGCUGUGAGGAGUGUGUGUCUUAUGUGAAGGUGGAGGACGUCAAAUACUGCCGACUCAAGAAUAAGAUCUAUAGGGAAGGCGAAAUGUGGCCGUCGGUAAACUGCACUCUCUGCUCAUGCAUCAAGGGAAAAAUAGAGUGUCACAAGAAAGAGUGCAUCCCAAUUGAGAGCUGCCCAAACGGUAAGAUUCUCAACAGGAAUGGCUGCUGCCCUAUUUGCACUGAAAAACCUGGAGUGUGCACGGUGUUUGGAGACCCACACUACAACACGUUCGACGGGAGGACUUUUAACUUCCAGGGAACCUGCCAGUACGUUCUGGCCAAGGACUGCUCGGCAGCCGCGAGCUUCCGGGUGCUGGUGAAGAACGACGCCCGCAGGACGCGCUCCUUCUCCUGGACCAAGUCGGUGGAGCUGAUCGCAGCGGGGGUGAGCGUCAGCCUGCACCAGCACCUCGCCGUGAGGCGGAACGGGACGCGGAUAGCCCUGCCCUACGAGACGGCGCAGAUGCGCAUCGACUUGGACGGGUACCUGCUGAAGCUGAGUACCAGCACAGGUGAGCCUCCCCACCCAGAGCAGAAACCCGCAGUCUCUAGCUGAGACGAUCUCCAGCUGUCCGCACGGACAGCCCUGUUGUGUUUUUCACUUCUACAUCUUUACUCGUCCUCCACAAACGUUUAUUGAUCUGGCUGUUGCUAUUUAUUAGGGUGGUAGUGGUUGAGUGCCGUCGAGUCGGGACCCUGUGGACAGUUCCCCCGUCACUAUCCGUAGAGUUCUCAUCCGGAAGUAGAUUCCCAGGCCUUUCUGCCGCCAACACCCCCCCAUAUUGCUGCUGCCCAGUAUGGGUUAUUAGAGAACCCUGCACCCGACGUCCGACGUGGGACACGAACCCACUACCCUGAGAUUA